GCGGCAGCGGCAGCUAGAAGCAGCAGCUGGGGCCGCAGGUGAGGUGGUCGCACCAUUGCCCUGCCCGUGGGUCCACAGCCAGGUGCUCAGACCACAGGGCAGGGGGAAAGGUUGGAUUUGCCAGGAACCAGAGCCGGGGUCAGCUGCCCAGGAGCUUUUAGAACCGCUACUUAAUGCUGGUCUCAGCUGGGACCUGAGUCUGGUGGGUCAAAUCCUGGACCUUCUGAGAUCCCCGAGGGGUUCCAGCUCAGUCUCAAUGGGGCUGCUGCUGCUGCGGCUACAGUCCUCUCUACUGCUAAUGCUUCUCUUGUGGCCGCCGGCGUCCACCAACCUGGACUGGCAGUGCCCACGAAUACCCUUCUCAGCCUCCCGAGACUUUAAUGUAAAGUAUGUGGUCCCCAGCUUCUCCGCGAGUGGCCAGGUACAGGCCAUGGCUACCUACGAGGACAGCGAAGAUGGGAGUGCCGUGUUUGUGGCUACACGCAAUCGCCUGCACGUGCUUGGACCUGAUCUGCAGGAUAUAGAGAGCCUGACCACCGGCCCUGUCGGGGAUCCUAGCUGCCAGACUUGCGCCAGCUGUGGUCCAGGCCCUCAUGGACCACCAAACGAUACAGACACACUAGUGCUGGUGAUAGAGCCGGGUUUGCCGGCCCUGGUCAGCUGUGGCUCAACCCUACAGGGCCGCUGCUUCCUGUAUGAACUGGAGCCCCGGGAGAAAGCCCUGCACUUAGCAGCUCCAGCCUGUCUCUUCUCAGCAAACAAUAACCAUCCUGAGGCCUGCCCGGACUGUGUGGCCAGCCCCCUGGGCACUCGUGUGACUGUGGUUGAGCAGGGCCAUGCCUCCUACUUCUAUGUGGCAUCUUCACUAGACCCAGAGUUGGCCGCUAGCUUUAGCCCACACUCAGUGUCCAUCCGGCGCCUUAAGGCCGAUGCUUCUGGAUUCCAACCAGGUUUUCCUUCGCUGUCUGUGCUGCCUAAAUAUCUGGCCUCCUACCCUAUUGAAUAUGUGCACAGCUUCCGCUCAGGAGACUUUGUCUAUUUUCUGACCGUGCAACCUACCAGUGUCACAAGCCCUCCGAGUGCCCUGCAGACUCGUGUGGCCCGGCUCAAUGCUGUAGAGCCGGAGAUGGGCGACUACCGGGAGCUGGUCUUGGAUUGUCAUUUUGCACCUAAACGCCGGCGUCGGGGAGUCCCACCGAGCACACAACCCUACCCAGUGCUUCAGGCAGCCCACUCUGCUCCAGUGGAUGCCAAACUGGCUGUGGAGCUGAGCACCUCAGAGGGCCAGGAAGUGCUAUUUGGGGUCUUCGUGACUGUCAGCGACGGCAGCUCUGGUAUGGGUCCCAACUCUGUUGUAUGUGCCUUCCCCAUUUACCAGCUAGAUGCCCUGAUUGAAAAGGGUGUAGAAAGCUGUUGCGACAAUUCAGCUUCUCCUCGCCCCUGGAGAGACCUCGACUUCUUCCAGACACCCAGUCGUUGUCCUAAUCCGCCAGGUGUAGAGGCCCCCAGUGCCAGCUUCCGCUGCCACUACUUUCCUUUGCUGGCCAGCAAUGUCUUCUUACGCGUGGACCUAUUCAAUGGACUGUUAGGAUCAGUGAAGGUCACUGCGCUGCAUGUGACACGCCUUGGCAAUGUUACAGUGGCCCACAUGGGCACUGCGGAUGGGCGUAUCCUACAGGUGGAGAUAGCCAGAUCAUUCAACUACUUGCUAUAUGUGUCCAACUUCUCCCUGGGCAGCAGCGGACAGCCUAUUCAACGGGACGUCAGUCGCCUUGGGAAUGACCUACUCUUUGCCUCUGGGGACCAGGUCUUCAAGGUGCCCAUCCAGGGCCCCGGCUGCCGACACUUUCUCACCUGUUGGCGCUGCCUGAGAGCACAGCGUUUCAUGGGGUGUGGCUGGUGUGGAGACCGGUGUGGCCGGCAGAAGGAGUGUCCUGGUUCCUGGCAACAGGACCACUGUCCACCUGAGAUCACUGAGUUCUGUCCUCACAGUGGACCUCUAAGGGGCAACACAAGGCUCACCUUAUGCGGCUCCAACUUCUACCUGCGUCCUGAUGUGGUUCCUGAGGGAACGCACCAGAUCACCGUGGGCCAAAGUCCCUGCCGACUGCUGCCUAAGGACUCUUCAAGCCGUAGGCCAGAGUUCCACAAAGCCUUUGUAGAGGAACUUGAAUGUGAGCUGAAGCCUCUAGUCACCCAGGCAGCAGGGACUACAAAUGUGAGCCUUCUCAUCGCUAACACACCAGCAGGCAAGCACUUCCGGGUGGAAGGCAGCUCUGUUCGGCAAGGCUUCUCUUUCGUGGAACCACUGCUGACAUCAAUAAAACCUGACUUCGGCCCACGGGCUGGGGGUACUUAUCUCACCCUCGAAGGCCAGAACCUGUCUGUAGGCACCAGCCGAGCCGUGCUGGUCAAUGGAACUCAGUGCCAGUUGGAACAGGUCAGUGAGGAACAGAUUUUAUGUGUUACCCCUCCUGGUGCUGGCACAGCCAGGGUCCCCAUUCAUCUGCAGAUCGGAGGUGCGGAGGUGCCUGGCUCCUGGACCUUUCACUACAAGGAAGACCCCAUCAUUUUGGACAUCACCCCCAACUGUGGUUACAGCGGCUCCCAUGUCACGAUCCACGGCCAACAUCUGGCUUCAGUAUGGCACCUAGCGCUGUUGUUCCAUGACGGGCAAAGUGCGGUGCAGAACAGGUGUGCAGGGCAGUUUCUGGAACAGCACCGUCAGUGCCGCCUGCCUGAAUAUGUGGUCCGAAACCCUCAGGGGUGGGCAACAGGGAAUCUGAGCGCCUGGGGGGAUGGAGCCGCUGGCUUCACACUGCCUGGUUUUCGCUUCCUGCCCCCACCCAUUCUACCCAGAGCUGGCCUAGCCCCACUGAAGCCUGAAGAGCAUUCAGUGAAGUUCGAGUACAUUGGGCUUGGCGCUGUGGCAGACUGUGUGAGUGUGAACGUGACCGUGGGUGGUGAGAUCUGCCAACACGAGCUUCGGGGGGACGUGGUGGUCUGCCCCCUGUCCCCUUCCCUGCAACUUGGCAAGGAUGGUGUCCCAUUGCAGGUCUGUGUAGGUGGUGGGUGUCACACCCUGGGCCAAGUGGUCCGGUCAGGCCCAGGCAGGGCCUCACAGAAUACACUCCUCAUUGCUCUGCUGGCCUUGGUCCUGCUUGUGGCUGCACUGGCCAUGGCCCUGGUCUUCAACUCCCGGAGACGGAAAAAGCAGCUAGUCCUUGUUCCCAAUCUAGAUGACCUGUCAUCCCUGGAUCAGUCCCCCAGAGACAUGUCCCUGUCUACACUCUACUCUGGCUCUGACUACAGAGGAAAUGGCCUUGGUGAGACGGUGGGAGAGGCACUGGAAGCCAGGGCUUGUCUGAGCCGUGAAGAAUCUUCAGAUAGUAGGGAUGGGACAAGUGUCCCACUGCUGCGGACAGAGUCUAUCCGGCUCAAGGAUCUGGACAGGACGCUCCUGGCCGAGGUCAAGGAUGUACUGAUCCCCCAUGAACGAGUGGUCAUCCAUAGUGACCAAGUCAUUGGCAAAGGCCACUUUGGUGUUGUUUACCACGGAGAAUAUACAGAUGAGGCACAGAAUCAAAUCCACUGUGCCAUUAAGUCUUUGAGUCGCAUCACAGAGGUCCAGGAGGUGGAGGCUUUCCUGCGGGAGGGGCUGCUCAUGCGCGGCCUACAUCACGCAAACAUUCUGGCUCUCCUCGGUAUCAUGCUGCCCCCAGAGGGGCUUCCCCGGGUGCUACUGCCCUAUAUGCGCCAUGGAGACCUGCUUCGUUUCAUUCGCUCCCCUCAGAGGAACCCCACUGUGAAGGACCUCAUCAGCUUUGGCCUGCAGGUAGCCUGUGGCAUGGAGUACCUGGCAGAACAGAAGUUUGUGCACAGGGACCUGGCUGCUAGGAACUGCAUGCUGGACGAGUCAUUCACAGUCAAGGUGGCUGACUUUGGUCUGGCACGUGACAUCCUAGACAAGGAAUACUACAGUGUUCAACAACAGCGCCAUGCCCGCCUGCCUGUCAAGUGGAUGGCCCUGGAGAGCCUUCAGACCUACCGGUUCACCACCAAGUCUGAUGUGUGGUCAUUUGGUGUGUUGCUGUGGGAACUGCUAACACGAGGUGCCCCACCAUACCCCCACAUCAACCCUUUCGACCUCACUUGCUUCCUGUCUCAGGGCCGUCGCCUGCCUCAGCCUGAGUAUUGUCCCAAUUCACUGUACCAGGUGAUGCUGCAAUGCUGGGAGGCUGACCCAGCAGCGCGACCCACCUUCAGAGCCCUUGUGACAGAAGUAGAGCAGAUAGUGAGCUCUUUGCUCGGGGACCACUACGUGCAGCUGUCCCCAGCUUAUGUGAACCUAGGUCCCGGCGCCUUGGAUGACGUGAAUGUGCUUCCAGAGCAGCCACAGUCCUCGCCACAGCAUCACAGGAGCACAUCAAGGCCCCGGCCUCUCUCAGAACCACCUCUGCUCACUUGACCUAAGCUCUCAGUAAACCAUGGGGACUAUAUCUGCUAAGUGGCCUUGAACUAACCCCAACCUGCCUCUGGGCUAUGACAAGCUGAAGGGCAUUGAACCUCCACCCUUUAACUUUCUGAAGCUACUGGAGGUGGGAAACAGCACAUUUAAGCCCCUCACUCCAGCAUGAGCCAGUGAGGGAGAUUCUUUUGUAGCAUGUAUUUAUGGAAUGCUUGUUUUAUACCCUGUCUGCUGAUGCACAGAAGACUCAGCAAUGAUCAGCAGAUACCACAGUGUAAACCACUAAAAAAAUAA